CCCUGCGGGCAGAGACAGAGCGACUUGCCCUUCAGCCCGGGACCUUCUGCCGGCGGUCCCGUCGCGGCGGUUAGGAGCGCUAGUGGAGGCCGGGGCGGCAGCGCGGCUGCAGGGGCCGGGACCGCGGCCGAAGCGCCAUGCCGGAGCCGCCGCCGCGGAGCGCCGAGCGCGACCUCUACCGGGACACGUGGGUGCGGUACCUAGGCUAUGCCAACGAGGUGGGGGAGGCUUUCCGCUCCUUGGUGCCAGCGGCCGUGGUGUGGCUGAGCUACGGCGUGUCCAGUUCCUACGUGGUGGCCGAUGCCAUCCACAAGGGCAAGAAGGCGGGAACUGUACCAGACUCUGAGGCAGGCCGCAGCACCAGGGUGGCCGUUGCCGUGGUGGACACCUUUGUGUGGCAGGCUCUGGCCUCUGUGGCCAUCCCGGGCUUCACUAUCAACCGUGUGUGUGCCGCUUCCCUCUACAUCCUGGGCACUGCCACCCGCUGGCCCCUGGCCGUCUGCAAGUGGACCACCACUGCCCUGGGGCUGCUGGCCAUCCCUGUCAUCAUCCAUCCCAUCGACAGGUCUGUGGACUUCCUCCUGGACUCCAGCCUGCGCAAGCUGUACCCAUCGCUGGAGAAACCCAGCUCCUCCUGACCCCACCCCAGUACCUGGCCUGAGGGUUGGCCCAGUUCCUGCUCCAUGCCAAGUUCUUCCCCCUGCCAGGGGAUAUGGAUGCCUGGGGUCCUGGGGUCCUGGGCCCUGGCACCUGAGUGGGUUUGAGCUUAGAGACCCAAGCCUGGAGGAGCAGCACCUGCAGCAAGUCACAGACAGAGGCAGGACCUGAACCCCAUCUGCUUUCCAUGGACUCCAUGAUACUAGGUGGCCAUGGUCUGGGAAUGGACCUUUCAGCAGGAAAGUAACAUCCUCCCAACGGACGGGGGAAGGGGCUAAAGCCCGGCAAGGGCAAAGGAUGUACCCAAGAUCGCUUGGUGAGCCGGAGACCCAAGACUCCCAGCUGCUCAGCUGAGUGCCCCGUGGCAGGGUGUUUGGACAGUGGUAGGUGGGCACUCAGGGAGAAACAGAGAAAUGCCAUGGCAGGGACGCCUGAGGUCUGAUCCAGCCUCUCUUGGUGCUAGGGCUGCUGGGGCCUGGCCAGACCCUCCCCAGGGGCCCAAUAAAUCUUUAAUGGUUGA